AUGCGGAUAUCCCAAACUCGUCACGUCCUCCUGAACGGUAUUGUUGAGCAGAACUCGAAACGGCCGCUUCUGGGUGUUGCCGAAGCCUCAGCCUUAUCAACAAACGAUGAAACGCUUUCGAAACUUCUGCUCAAAUUGAAUACUCCAGAUGCUUUGGAUGAUGAAUUUGCAGUAAUUCCGAACAAACGAAUGUCUGCUGGCGUGUCAACAAGUCAAAAACCGGAUAAUAUGAAAAAAAAUAGAACUCGCUCUAUUGUUCCUUACGAAGAUACUCGGGUAAUGUUGCAUCCGAACAAGUACAACCGUACUGGAUAUAUUAACGCUUCGAACGUUCAGAUUCCACUCGGUGAUCGCCUUUUACGCUAUAUCGUAGCACAAGCUCCAAUGCGUGAUACUAUCGAAGAUUUUUGGCAAAUGGUUUGGGAGUCAGGGGCUCAGUUAAUUGUUAUGCUUUGCGAUGCUCAGGAGAAGCCAUCAAUUGCGCCUUACUAUUGGCCAAUAAAAGAGAAGAGCAAGGUUCGGAUGAAUGACUUUACGGUAACCUUAAUUAAAAGCACUCCGAGCCAAUACCAAACCACUUCAGUUUUACACUUGAAGUGUAUAUCGAGCGGUGAAAAGCGAACGAUUUAUCAUCUAAGAUUCCACGACUGGAACACUGGAAGCAUACCGCCAAGCGAAGAAGCGUUGUUAGGUUUUAUUGAUGCUGUAAACAGUGUGAAAAGGCAUUUGGACAAUGAACGUUUGAAGGAGUCUGACUCUGGAGUUGUAAUGAUGUCCAGUAGUUCAAAACAACGAAGCAGGAGCACUAGUCGGGCAAAUUUAACAGAUGUUACAAAUCGUAAUAGAUCUCAGUCUACUGAAGGUGGUUCUUGGAAGAAAAGGUUGCAGUUUGUUAACACUGGUUAUAGUGUAAAUUCACCAAGCCAGUCUGAAGCGUCUUCGGAAUGUUCGUCGGCUGGAAUCAAUGCGGCAAUAUCUAGUGAAAGUCCACCGACAGUAAUUCACUGUUUUUCUGGUGCACACGAAUCUGGGGUUUACCUACUUGCUGAACUGAUGAUACAUUGUAUCGAACAUAAUUUGAAUGUGGAUAUAAGCAAAGCUUUGAGGAUGUUAAGGCAACAGCGAAUGUGUUUGGUAAAAACUGUGGAACAGUAUCGUUUUGUUUAUUCUUUGCUAGCAAUAUAUUUGCAAAAAUCGCGUUUGAUUUAG